AUGAAGAGGGAGGGGUUUUGUUUCGUUGAGGAAGCGAAGCCCGUUUUGCAGUACGGGCUAGAGAACCGGGAACCGCAGGCAGCGGGGCGAGUUGCUGUUCAGACAAGAGUGAGUAGUUCUGCAGGCUGGCUGGGUGACGUUGAACUGAGCGGAGGCGUGGAUGGUGGGGCAAUUUCAUUUAUUGGGAGGUCGCUUCAGUGCGGCAGCGUUGCACGAGAACUGGAAAGGCCCUGCACUCUUCAACAGACAGGCAUUGGAAUAUGCUUAGUCGUGCGGAUCAUGGAGAGGGAGGGGUUUUGUUUCGUUGAGGAACCGAAGCCCGUUUUGCAGUAUGGGCUAGAGAACGGGGAACCGCAGGCAGUGGGGCGAGUUGCUGUUCAGGCAGUACGUUUGCUAGAGGCGAGUGAAAUGAACUUGAACCGGGAAUGGCUGGCGAUGAGGAGAGUUGCUGUUCAGGCAGAAGUGUGUAGUCCGGAAUAUUGGUUGGGUGACAUUGAAUUGAGUGGAAUGGUGGCAGUCGUGCGGAUCAUGGAGAGGGAGGGGUUUUGUUUCGUUGAGGAACCGAAGCCCGUUUUGCAGUAUGGGCUAGAGAACCGGGAGCCGCAGGCAGUGGGGCGGGGUGCUGUUCAGGCAGUACGCUUGCUAGAGGCGAGUGAAGUGAACUGCACGGCUGGUUGGGAAGGGUGGGAAUUUACUGCUGGACGGGGGGGUAGUGUGUCGAAGUGA